CGGGCCAACGCCGCGAACCUCCACGGAUAUCAGAAGGGGUUUCUGAUAGUGGAUCGAUCGCGGACACAAGCAAGCCUGUGCAAGUACUCAGCAGCAGGUCCUUCCGUUGACAAUAUGACACGGAGUGUUGCUUCCAUACUCUCUCCGGAUGUUCUGGCUCCCAGGGAUCGCUUCAUUGACGUCAUCGAUAGUAGAUACCACAAGCUCGACGACAUCCACGCUGCGUAUAAUGAUAGGGCAGGCGUCACUCGUCGCUUCGCUCUCAACGUAUCGAGUAACAUUAGCGACCUGUUCAAUGACAACACCGUGGAUGUCUGGUGCAUUGAUUAUAACCCCUAUUCCAACGAGGUACAGGGCCGGAACGAGACCUAUUUCCGUUGCCUUAAAGAGACGCAAUUCAGGAUCCCAUCAGAAACACCCAUCCUUGUCCACAAAGGGGAAUACAUCCGUUUCGCGUUUUCCCACAAAUAUGACCGCGUCGAGCGGCAGGUGUUGUGGGCCAUUGCCGGGGCCUAUCCUGUUCAGGAGUGGGUGUCCAAAGACGAUGGUUACGCGUUAACGAUGCUCUCGUGGUCCUCGUGA